UCUAUAAAGCACCCUUGAUAUCUAUUGGAUACACUUUACUUCAGCAUAUCAAAAUGGGUAAUGGAAGUAUUGGCAGACAUGGGAACCAAAACAGAUCUCAGGAAGAGGAAGGAGUAGCUAAAUGGUCGUCUUUCAAAUUCACGGAAAGACUACAUGCUAUUACAAACGGAGCCGAACUUGCAACAUAUCUAGAAGAAUUAACGCGGUUCACGUCUGAUCUACAAGCUGAAAUAGAAUCACGUACUGUGGAUAAUAAGCGGAUGAAAGAAGAAAACACCAGACUUACAAGUCAGCUAGAACAAGUUAUCGCCGAACGUGAUCGGCUAAAUUCCUACAUUUUGAAAUUGAAAGAAGAAAUCACUUCAUUUAAAAUCAAGUAAGAAGAAGUUUUACCUGUGCAUCAAGUUCUUGAUGUUAAUGACAAGUUGAACACAUCUUUUGAAAUGCGUUUAUAUUGUCAUUUAGGGACACCAUCGUACCACUUUAUUAUUCAAACUAUAGUUCAUGGUUAAUUUAUCCAAAAAAAGCAAGAUUACUUAAAAUUGGACUAUGUAAACUUGUGACUAAACGUGUUAACAACAAUAAUGUUAUUUUAAAGAAAUGUUUUAGACAGUCAAUUAUAAAAAGUUAGAGGUAACUUUAUUGAUCAAUAUGGUUCAUAUCUAAUCCCUCUUCGUUUGUAAUGCACAGGCUAUUUGUCAGCGUCUGUGUUUAUACUACAAUAUUUAUUGAUUGUUUAAUGAAUGUUACCCUGUUUGUCUUAAUAUAUGGAAUUAAAUAUUUUUCGACAAAUCUUAAAAAGAAUUAGUGUGAAGUUUGUGUGUAUUUAAGUUAUAAGCCAAAUGUUCAAAACUGGUUUCGUUUAUUGUAUCGUAUGUGUGUAAUAUAAUGACGUUAAGCUUACUUUUAUAUAAUGUCGUGUUGCUCUUUUUUUACAAAAGUUUAAAUCAGAGAGCGGCUUAAAGAUGUUUUUCAAUAAUUAUGACACUCUUGAUAACAAUACAUUAUUGCAGUAUAAUCGGUUCAAAAUGAACAUAAUUUGUUCUGUAUUUCCAAGGUGUAUCUACUAGUUUAUUCACUGCAUAAACAUGUCAAUUCAUCAAACAUUUUAAAGAGAUAUAUGGUGUUUCAUUUACUGUUAAACAUGUACCUUAUUUCAUUCUUCUAAUUGAGUGCAUGCUCGGACGGAUAGUAUAUGAAAACAAUAUUUUUAUGCAUAUAACGUAUAGCAAAGGAAAACCAUAUGCACGCGCCUAUGCAUGUAUACUAUAUACAGUUUCAACGUCGCUAAGGGCGCAUUCCCAUGGCGAAAAAAAACUAGUUGCGAUCAACAUGAUCACUUAAAGCCACAAACUUUAUCGUGUCAUCGUAUCAUGGAUUUCGUUGGCAAUUUUACCUUCGUAACCAUCAAGGGAUUAAGAGCAGGAGGCGUAUACAUUCUUGGUAUGACAUUUAAUAAUAUAACAAUCAUACAGAACUUUCAUCACACUGACUACACCUAGUACUCUUACUUAACCAGUAGUGUAGUGGCUAAGUACUUUUUCGUAAAUAUGAGUAAAUAUGCCACAGUUCAUGCUGGUGUCUGCUUUAAAAUGUCAAAUAGGCGCUUUCAAAUGAUUUUCCUGUCUUCAAUUUUUACUAUGCCAGUCUCUAUAUUAAAAAUAUCCAUUGAAA